AUGAUUGAAGGGCUGACUGCUUUGAUUCUUCUUAGUACAGCGUCUCUGGUUCAAACUGCAGAGGUUCCUCACCCAAUCUCUUUGACUGUGGUUGAAGUUGGUGGGAUUGUUACUUUGCAAUGUGCAGCCUCCAAGGACGACAGAUUAUUUCGCUGGUACAAGCAGUCUCUUGGAUAUAUGAUCCAAACAGUUGCUACGCGAACUUAUAACCAACAAAAACUUGUUGGACAAUUUAACAAUUCACGUUUCCAAGUCACACAGGGGUGCAAUGAGUAUUUACUCACCAUUAGAAAUAUAAGCAAAGAGGAUGAAGCAACAUAUUUCUGUCAGAAUGGAACGGCGUAUUCACCGACAUUUGGUGAAGGCACAUUCUUGGUUGUGAACGACUGUAAUCAGCAGAAAUCUUUCUACGUGAAACAAAAUCCAAAGACUGAGUCCGUGCAGUCAGGCAAGUCAGUGACUCUUCAGUGUUCACUUCUCUCCAAAAACAAAGAAAACACAGAUCAGUGUCCCGGUGAACACAGUGUGUACUGGUUCAGAGCUGGAUUAGGAGAAUCUCAUCCAAGCAUCAUUUACACUCAGAACAGGAGUGAUGAACGAGAGAAAAAGAGCUGUGUCUACAGUCUGUCCAAAACUAUUCAGGACACUUCUGAUACUGGGACUUACUACUGUGCUGUGGUCACAUGUGGAGAGAUCCUGUUUGGUGAAGGAGCUAAAGUGGAGAUAAGACAACUAGACCCAGUUGUCUUUGUACUUGGAGCACUGUUGGUCUGCUGUGUGACUGUGAUUGCCGUUCUUAUUUUCUACAUGAAUCGAAGCAGAGUUUGUGAACGUUGCAAAGGAUGGGGAAGCAGAAGCAGUGAACUACAUAGCACUGAAUUUUUCCACAAGGAAAGUGAAAAGAGAGAGGAAGAAGAGAGAGUCACCACCAGACUGUGUGUACUCUACUGUGAGAGCAGACUAUCACACCCAACACCACCCCUCUCUACAGGCAGAGCAUGGCCUGUGCAUUGGGUCCCAAGUCUCCUCAGAGGGCUUCAGCUUAGCUUAGCAUGACUUUCAUGUCAGAGCUUCCUAUAGCUUAAAGGUACGGAGCCCCGGAGAGGUCAUAGAGAGAAAAAAUAUAUAUAUCGAGGCCAUGUUUCACUACAUCAAGCGAUUGAAAUUCUAUUGGCACAUAGCUCUUUAUUUAGCUGAUAGUGAUUAGUGUUGUUAAAUGAGAUGUGUUUGUCUUUACACACAGUGGGUGUACUUGGAUUAAGACAUACCAAUGUGUUCAAUGAAGGCUUUAUUAUGGUGAAGAAAUUGAUGCCAAGUUAAAGUUGAAUGUAUAGUUUAGUCCUGAAUUGUCAUUGUGUUUACAGGUUGUGCACUCGGUAGCUCACUGAAUCUGUGCAUAAGAAUAUGUGGGUGUGCAAAACAUGCCUCGCAUAAUUAGGCCUGUCAUCUUAAACAAUGUAGUGGGAUGUAACCCCAUGAACCAAAGAAGCUGUUAAUAAGGCUCUACUAUUGUGAACACAUAGUGAUUGAUAUGCCUAUCUAGUAAACUAACCAAUAUUUAUCCUUUGAGAUGCAAUGAUAGUGGCUGAAUCGGUGAUACAGUACAUUUGGCUCUCUGUAUACACACUUAUUUUGUGCGCACAAAUUACUAAAACAUGGGAAAGAAUCAUAUCUCAUGCGUAUGCAAUAAUAUUU